AUGUCUGAUGUGGUCUCCUUCCUCAACGAGCGGCACAAGGAUGCGUAUCUGGUGUUCAACCUGUGUGUGGAGAGGGACUACCCGUCAAGCCACUUUAACGAUCGUGUGUGCAAGGACUUUACCUUUCAUGAUCACAACCCCAUUCAGCUGGAGAGGCUCAUCUACUUUUGCAAAGAGGUGGAGGAGUGGCUGGCCAAGGAUGAGAAGAACGUGGUCGUCAUCCACUGCAAAGCCGGCAAGGGUCGGACUGGCCUCUGCUCCUCGGCAUACCUCAUGUACUCGCGGCUGUGGGAGAACCCCGAGGACGCACUGGCGUACUACGCCAUGGCUCGCACCCGUGACGGCCACGGUGUGACCAUUCCCUCGCAGCGGUACUACGUCCACUUGUUCAAAAAGGUCAUCGACGAAGGCGGCAUGCGCUCGCAGGUCACCAUCUUCCUCAAGCGCUUGCGCAUGCACGGCCUGCCGGCUUUCAAGUCGCUGCACUUUGUCGUUCUCCGCGACGGCGUCGACCCGGUCUACACCUCACCUACCGUCAAGGUCUCCAAGCUCAAGAAGGAGGACGCCCUCCUUGUCGACUGGGACAUCUCGGCCCCGAUGACCGGCGACGUCAAGAUUGUCUUCUACGACGGCUCCAAGAAGACCUUUGCCGUCUGGCUCCACGCCUCGUACAUCGAGAACGGCUACCUCCGCCGCGAGAAGAAACAGAUCGACAACGCCGUCAAGGACAAGAAGCACAAAAUCUACCCUUCCGACUUUGCUCUCGAGUUCUUCUUUGACAUCCCCACCCCGCCCACAAUCCCCACCGGCCCGCCGCUCGGCUCCGACUCGAUUGUCGACGCCACCUUUGAGGACGAUGCCGACGACGACGGCUCUGCCGGCUCCUCCGCUCCCGCCAGCGACGCUCCCGAAAGCGAUGCGCCUGCCGCAAGCAACACUGCUGACGGCGGCGCCGACGAGUCUGGCGACAACAGCGACGACGGCUCGGCCUCAGCCUCCUCCUCGGCGUCACCGCGCGACUCGUGGGUCUCGUUCCAUCUCCCGUUCGCGUCAUCGCCUGCGCUGCAGGCCAAGUAUGUCAACCCGAACGCGCGGUCGCCGCGGGUGGGCAAGCUGCUGGAGCUGCUGGACGCAAUGGCCGGGACUGCGGCGUAUGCGCAUGCUGGGAUGGGGAUGUACGACACCGAGGGCGACGGGCAGCGUGAUGCGUUCUUUGCUACGGCCUCAAUCGACCGCAUCGAUCUGCUCAAUCACGUGGCGCUCGACAAGGACAUUGCCAUCCACGGGUGCGUUGUGUGGGCCGGCUCGUCGUCGAUGGACGUCCGCAUCGAAGUCACCCACGAGGUACCCGACGGCCCGCCUAUUCCGCUCAUGCUUGCUUCAUUUGUCAUGGUUGGCCGCUCGACCUCUGACGGCUCGGCCUUUCGGGUCCCGGCGCUCAUCCCGUCGUCACCGCUCGAGCUCGAGUGGAACGAGGCUGCGGCGCUGAAGCGACUGCGGCGCAAGGCCGGUGGGCGGAAGCGGACGUUGAUUGCCGAGCCACCGUCGUCUGCCGAGCAGGAGCAUCUUCAUGAGCUGUGGGCGCGGCGGACGGCGGCGGAGGAGAACGCCGCGUCGCGCGACUGGACCGACAUGACAUCGACGGCGCUCGACUCGACGACGCUCACCAUGCCGCAGUCGAAGAAUGUGCACUCGAAGAUUUUUGGCGGCUACCUUGUCCGCCAGGCCUUUGAGCUGGCGUACACCGAUGCGCUGCUGGCGUGCAAGGGCGCGCGCCCCGAGUUCCGCACUGUCUCGGACAUCUCGUUCAUCCACCCGGUCGAGAUUGGCUCGGUCCUGCAGUUCAAGUCGCUCCUCGUCCACACCCACGAGCAGUCACUCCAGGCCCGAGUCGCCGCCAUUGUCAUCGACCCGUCGACCGGCAACAAGCUCGACGACGGCAUCGGCUCGCCGCCGUGCGUCAUGCCGUACUCGUACGAGGAGACGAUGCUGUACCUUGCCGGCCGCCGGCGUGCCCAGAGCAACGCUGCGCUCCGCUCGUCGUCGACCUUCCAGCCGACCGACUACGCUGAUCUGUUUGGCGACGACGUCGAGCCGCUCCAGCUUGAUCUCUCCUUCCUCCCGUCGGGCUCCGAGUACGCGGAUGUGUAG